UACUCUAUAACAAACACACUCUCUAAACCGUUUCAUCUCCCGAUCGAUUUCACCCCGUAAACCCUUUGACUAACAAAACGAAACCCCAGCCCUAAACCCAAACCAACACUCCUCAAUGAACCUAACACCCCAACCAGCACCGGCACCCCCCACCACCAUAUUCGCCUCAGGUGAAUGCGGAAACUGCGGGACCUAUAUCGGCCUUUUCAUCCACAAUGUUCGCCUACGUGGCAUCCAGCGAAAGCUCUGUACUUCCUGCGUUCUUCGUCUCCACCCUUCAUCUUUUUGCCCAAUUUGCUUCACUUUCUAUGAUUCUAAUCCUCCCCACCCCUCCAAACGCCUCUCCUGCGCCAAAUGCGGCUCCUUUACCCACUCACAUUGCGCCAAGCCAUUGGCACUUUCGUCUCCCUAUCAUUGCCCUCCAUGUUCAGACCCCAAAAAUUUCAAUUUUUUCAAAAACCACCCUGCGAAAAGCACAAAUACAGACCCAAACCCCAAUACAACGGGCAACAUGCGGUCUGAUGAUGAUAAGAAUGCUCAUGUAAUUGACUCCAAGUCGGCUGCUGUGCUGCUCUGUGCGGCAAGGAUUGCAGCGGCAUCGAUGGAGAAGGCGGUGCUGGUGGCUAGGAUUGAGGAGGAGAAGAAGGCCAAAGAGGCUGCUGCGGCGAGGAAGAGAGCCAGAGAGGCCUUGGAGCAUGUGGGGGUUUUGAUAAUUAAUCAUCUUAAACCAACUUUGGAUGUGACACGUAAAGAUCAAAUACAAAGUUUAUGUGAAUUACCAUGUAAUAUCCAAGACACAAGGGAGCUAUUAGCAACCACAAAGCUUCAAUUGCAUAACCUUGUCCCUCAGGCCAUGUCGCUUCCUCGCCCAUCUAGAAAACCACAACUAAAACCCUCCACAUUAGAUUUGAGAUUACCAGUUCCUCGUCUCAUUCAAUUAAAGAGAAAUGCAAGAUUGAGGAGAUUGCGAUCUAAAUCACACCUUAAAGGAGCUAUUUCUUUGACUAACACCACUUUCGAUUCUUUUACACUAAAUCAAUAUUGAGUAAGGGAGAAAUGUGUGCCUUAUCCUAGCUCGGAUAAAGGGAAAAAGACAGUGGAGCCAAGAGAAAAGAGGUUACACCUUGUAGACCCUUACUUCAAAGUUGUUGAUUGUAACUUUAUACAAGUUACCUGUUCUAAGAAGAGGGUAUGUGUGUUUUCGUCCUCGAAGUCUUGGUCUCAAGAUGCUAACCAAACCUCUAAGAUGCCAUUUGAUGUGACCCUAAUGACUUCUAUGGUAAGGGAAAACUUGUCUGACAAGGUAUGGCCAUGGUUCUGGGAGUUGGCUAUGCCUAUGAAGCUUAAGAAGUUCAUCGAGCAUAACACCCAACUUUUGAGCAUCCUUCCAUUCCUUUACAAUGAAUAUUACCUUGGCCUUUUGGACAACAACAAUAACAAACAAGCAUGCAACCUACUCAAAGAAGAGUUGGAGGAUACUAAGGAGAGGCUUGCGGCUAUAGAACAAAGUCAUAAAGUUGAAAUUGAGGCUUUACAAUUAGAGCUAGCCGCUAAAGAGAAGAUUUUGCAACAAAGAGAUAUUGAGAUUGGCAAACUGCAGUCUGAGCUAAUGGAAACUAGCAAGCUUGUCGCCUUAGAGAAGAAACGGGCUAAUAAUGAAAAGGAGCUAGCACAUCAAUUUGAGGCCCAACUCGAGAAGACACUAUUGGAGAAAACCGAGCUUGAAGGAAAGCUUAUUGCGAUGAAAGCCAUGGUCGAGAAUAGAGCCAAAGAUAUGCUUUUUGAUGUAUUUGAUGCAAUUUGGCUUCAAUAUCCCAACCACAACUAAUCUUUCCUUGGCGAAAGCUUUAAUGAGCACACUGAGGAAUGGAAGCUAUUACAUGAAAUCGAGGAGGCCUAAUGAGCUUCUCCCCAGGAGGUCCCUAUUUUUACUCUAUAACCAAACUCAUAUAAUUAAGGACCUCUUUUGUAGUUGCUUCUUGUUGUCUUCUUUCUUUUUGGUUUUUAAACUUUACAAUUUUUUUUUUUUUUUUGGUGAUGAACCAUUUCCUUCUUUAUAAAUAGAUAUGAAUUUAUGUACUUUUCUUGAUCGCUUUAUAAAUAUAUAUGAAUUUAA